GGAAACUUUUAAACAGAAACAAUUUUAUUUCAAAAUAAAAAAAGAAACUGUGGGGGAGUUUAGGUAAAUAACUAAAGACAGAGAUAUUUAUCCAUUGCUUAUUUGUAAAUUGGAGUACAAGCAACCCAUCCCAACCCAUGACUUGCAAGCUGUGUUUGUAUGUUGCCACAAGCAUCAGUCACAAUAAACCCCUAGAUUUAGAUGAGACAAAACCUAAAGCUUCUUUUUCCAAAAUAAAGUUAAAACAACCUUGAAUCUUCUCUGUGACACUGUAACUCAUAUAAGCCUAAGAAGUCUAUUGAGGUUAUCUCUAUCAAUGUAGUUUUUAACUACAAUAAUCAAUCAUAAAGAAAAAUGGUUUUGCAGAAGGAAUACCUGGAUGUGAUCUUGGUCCCUACUGGUUUGUUUCUCAUGAUUGGUUACCAUCUUUUCCUUCUCUAUAGAAUCAGAAAAUUUCCGCAUACAACCGUCAUCGGCUACGAAAAUCACAACAAAAGAGCAUGGGUUGAAGGAUUGAUGCAGGGCGAUUCUGACAUGAAGGACACCAGUAUAGCGCUGACUGUAAUUGCAAGCAAUAUUGGAGCAGCAACUUACCUAGCCUCUCUUUCAAUUGGUUUGAGUUCACUAAUUGGAGCAUGGGUCGGGAGUUCUUCAAAUAACAUUUUCAUGAGCGAUCUGAUAUAUGGAGACAGGAGAUCAUCCACCAUUUCGAUCAAAUAUAUUAGCUUGCUUGCUUUCUUCCUUUUCGCAUUUGCAUCGUUUAUUCAAUCAACAAGGUACUUCGUUCAUGCAAAUUUCCUAAUGAGCACUCCACAUACUGACAUACCUGUGAAAUAUGUGGAGAUGGCAGUGAUAAGAGGAAGCAAUUUCUGGUCUCUUGGACUUCGAGCACUGUACUUUGCCACCACCCUGUUGUUCUGGAUUUUUGGUCCCAUUCCGAUGCUCGCUUCCUCAAUUUUUAUGGUAAUCCUCCUCCACUUUCUUGAUACCAAUUCAACUCCGCUGCAUCAGUAUCCACCUCCAAAUAGAAGCUUGAUGAAGAGGGUAGACAGGCAAAUAAGAGCAGAAGCACGAACUCAACAUUGGGAAGCUUGCUGACCUAAUAACAAUGGCUGUAAAUUUAUCCGGAAAAGCACAACAUGAGUAAUUGCAACUGCGGUGUUGAGUCAUGUCUAAACCCGGUAUUAAUGAACAAUAAGCUGCAAGCUUGUAGUGUACACCCAAUCCUUGUAAUUUUCUCUCUGAAUCCCAAGUAACUAAGACUUCACUUGGUGUCUGGCUUCAAAUAGCUUGAUAU